AUGCAGGUGCCAAACAAACCAAUGGGAGCUUAUGGAUACUCCGUGCGUAAUUACGCACCGGCAUCGCCAUACCCGCAGUACCAGGGGAGCCACUGCGCCUCCAUUAUGAAGCCUCCCAGUGGGAAAUCUUUCACCAUCGAUGCUUUGCUCGCCAAGCCGGAGGUACCAACCAGCUGCAGGGGGAGUCCCACUCCAUGUGGAGAGAAAUACCAACCAGGACUCCCACUUAUGCCUCUCUCAGGCUUACCUAUGUCUGCAGCACCUUAUGUCUACUCUCCAAACAUGAUGCACUCUGGAUACUCAGUCUACUGCUGCCCACCUUUCACCUACCAGACUUCAUGUCGUGGAGCAUUUUACGCACAAGCUACCAUGUCCAAGGUGAACGCAGGGCUGCACUCCUUCAAAACUAAAGGUGGGAAGUCCAAAAGGAUGCGCACCAGCUUCACCAGCGAGCAGCUCUCCCGGCUGGAGAAGGAGUUUGCUCGGCAGCAGUACAUGGUGGGGUCCGAGCGGUUCCUCCUGGCUUCAGCCCUGCAGCUCACUGAAGCUCAGGUCAAAGUCUGGUUCCAGAACCGACGCAUCAAGUGGCGCAAACAGAGUCUGGAGCAGCAGCAGGCCAAGCUGGCCAAACUGGGCCUGGCCGCUCCACUAAAGAGUCCUGGAUCUCAAGGCCACGGGGAUGAAGGAGAUGAGGAUGAGGAGUUCUCUGACCUGGACGUGGACGUGUCUGAUGACUCUGCUGAGCACUGUUGA